AUGACGAUUAUCUGCAUCGCGCACAACACCAAGGCGUUCGACGCGCAGUUCAUCCUUUGUUACAUCACGGAAAAACGUGUCGAUUUGGAUCCACGAGUAAUAUUAAACGGGACAAAGAUUGUCGUAUUAACGGCCGGGCGUAUGAAAUUUAGUGACAGUAUCAACUAUAUGCCGAUGCGUUUGUCAGCUGUGCCGAAGAUUUUUGGUUUGCGGGGUGGGGUGGAAAAGGGAUAUUUUCCGCAUUUAUUUAACAUACUCGCGAAUCAGUCGUACGUCGGUCCGUUACCAGCCGUUGAAUAUUACUCGCCGGAUAACCAGAUGCGCGAAAACGCAGUUUUUGACUUUCAACACGAGAUAGUUCGUUAUUGUCGUAACGACGUUGAUAUCUUGCGGGGAGCGUGCAUGGCUUUCCGCAAGAUAUUUCUCGAACGCGGAAGCGUAUGUCCGUUCGAAGAAUGCACGACCAUCGCUUCCACAUGUAUGCGCGUUUUUUGCAAAAACUUUUUACGUGAGGAAGAGAUCGGCGUCAUUCCUCGCAGCAAAUAUCUCCUCGCGGAUACGCAAUCCCGCAAAGCUCUGCAGUGGCUGGUGUGGAAGGAGCGCGAGCUCGGCCGCAUCAUUGUUUACGCGGGUCACGGGCGAGAACAUCGUCUUGCGGAAGUCGGAGGCAUUCCCGUCGACGGGUAUUACAAGACGGCAAACGACCAUCAUCCGAUGCUCGCGGCUGAACCGCUUUCACCGCGUGACGCGUUUUUUGGCGGUCGAACGGAAAACAUCGCGGUUCGGCGCGAAGUUACGGGUACGGAGAAGAUACCUUACGUAGACGUGUGUUCUCUAUACCUUUACGUGUUGAAAACCGACGCUUUCCCAAAUAGACAUCCGAAAAUUCUUGUCGGACAAAAAGAGUGCGCCUUGCUCAUCGGGGCGAUGCCCGGUGUCGAUUUUUCCGCGGUCGAGGAGCUUACACAGUGCUCGCACGAAAAUUCGCGCGAUCGUGAAUUCGAGGGCGUGUGGGUAUCGUGUGAAUUACGCAAAGCUGUAGAAAAGAGUUAUCUCGUGACUGCACAAGAAGCAAGCGGAUGGCCGAGCAAAUGCGUGGACGACCAAUCUAAAGAACGAUAUUUUCGAGAAUACGAAGCAGUCGAGGGUAUUGCUCUAGAUAGAACAAACAUUGCGCAAAAUCCAAAAUUACGCUCGGUUGCAAAGCUGUGCCUUAAUUCGUUUUGGGAAAAAUUCGGACAACAAUUGAACUUGACGAGUACCGAGGUGGCAAAGUCGCAGGAACGUCUCCUAUCGCUAUUGUCAAACCCCGAGCACGAGGUAAUCAAUAUAUUAUCUGUGAAUGACGAGGUAAUAUAUGUUUCGUGGCGAAUGCGGGACAAGGCGGUCGUACCUUCUCCGAUUACCAACGUGAUAAUAGCGGUGUACACGACGGCACAGGCGCGAUUGAGACUGUACGAAUAUUUAGAACGUUUAGGCGAGCGCGUUCUUUAUUAUGAUACAAAUUCGUGUAAUUAUGUGAGCAGCGGAAAACUCGGCAAAUACGAACCGCGUACGGAAAAUUUUCUGGGCGAUAUGACGGACGUGCUUGAAAGCUACGCCCGUGGUAGUUACAUCGAGUCGUUUGUAUCCGGUGGCCCGAAAUUUUAUGCAGCGAUUCGUCUCACCGCGUUUCACGAGGUUGUGACGCGGGACGAAUCAAAAAUCUGCUCGCCGGUUUUGCUGAAGCGUAGAUUUAUCGACGAGCGACGCUCCGUUCCAUAUAGUUACUUAGAAUAA